GAACAGGCUGGUGACACCAUGGCACCCCAUCCUGACUUAUAGCGGACUGGGAUGGACAAACAGACAUCGGUGCUAUGGCAGAGCACCGUGUGGGCUCCAAAUGGUGAAGGGUUUCCCGACAGGCCCAGCACCCACCUGUGCUGUUGGCACCCAGUCUGGCUAUCUCGACGACACCCCCUUAUCUCCCUGCCCCUGCUUCUUCCCCACCCGCUGCUAUCGACGAGAUGCCAGAAGCUGCAGUAAAAUCCUCCUCCAACAAAUACCAAGUCUUCUUCUUUGGGACCCAUGAAACGGCAUUCCUGGGGCCCAAAGACCUCUUCCCCUAUGAAGAAUGCAAGGAGAAGUUUGGGAAACCCAACAAAAGGAAAGGGUUCAGUGAAGGUUUGUGGGAAAUAGAGCACAACCCAACUGUCAAAGCCUCCGGGUACCAGCCCACCCAGAAGAAGACCUGCUCUGAGGACGCUGAGCCAGAACAAGAGCCAGAGGGUGAUGGGGAGAAGAAGGGCAACGCAGAGGGCAGCAGCGAUGAAGAGGGGAAGCUAGUGAUUGACGAGCAAUCCAAGGAGAAGAACGAAAAAGCCGGGAUCAAGAGGAAAGCAGAAGAUGCUUUGGAGGACUCCCCCAAGCGCACCAAGGAGAUGGAGGGGCAGGAAGCAGAGAAGAAGAUAGACAACGAAGAGGCCCCCAAGGAGGAGCCGAAGCCCAACCCAGCCGAAGGGGAGAAGGAGAACAGUGAUGCUGCCAGCGUGCCAGACGCCAAUGAAGCCAAGCAGGAGGGCAAGGAUAAGGCGGAGGAGGUCAGAGACCACAAGGAGAGCCUGUAGUGGCCUCCCUGGCGAGCUGAUCUCCCGCUGUCCCUUCCCUGCUGGGCUCCCAGGGUGUUGCCCCAUCUCACCCUCGUCACGUCCACGGCUCCGGAAACGAGAAACAAACAGAAAAUGAAAUUAAAAAAAAAAAAUGAAAAAAAAAAAAAAAAAGAAAUGAAGAGAAACCCAGUAAUGAGAACCCCUGAACCGACCUGCAUCUCCUGGCCCUGCUGUCGUGGGGCGCAUGCUUUGUAUUAGUGAUUUCUAGGGGGCUGAUCAGUUGAUUUGAAAUAAAAGCGAUUCAUGCCUUUUUAAA